GUAACACAGGAAUUUUUAUGCUCUCUCUCUCUCUCUCUCUCUCUCUCUCUCUCUUUGUCACUCCUCCCUUCAGCUCUUCACCUCCCUCCUUCUCAUCCACACGUUCCAUAUCUGAGGUCAUUACAAAUCCAGAAGUUCCAAACACAGACAACAUCUGUGUUAGAGGGUAGACAAAGACCUAAGUAGCUGGAAGACAAGGAACAGAAAAGCCGACAGAGAGAGGGAAAACAGUGACAGCAGAUCUAUUCAUCGAGCGAUUGUCAGUCGUGAAAUCAUCCUGCCUGCUCAGGGGAAUGAGGGGCACAGGGUGAGAGGGGGGCGGAUGCACACUCUCUACUCUCUUGCCCUGCGUUUCUGUUGCCCCCUCCGCCAACUUCGUCGCUCCUCUCCACCACCACAACCUCUCAUUCCACCGUCUUUGCCUGCUUCAGGCACAAAUACUCCGUGGUGUGUCUGUGGCAUGGAGAAAGAGAGGGAGGAUGAAGAGACAGAGGGGAGGGAGAGACCAGAGCCGCUGACGGAUGUGGAGCGAGGCAUCAUUCAGGACACCUGGGCGCGUGUUUACGAGACCUGUGAGGAUGUGGGCGUCACAAUACUGAUCAGAUUCUUUGUAAACUUCCCCUCAGCAAAGCAGUACUUCAGUCAGUUCCAGGACAUGGAAGAUCCAGAAGAGAUGGAGAAAAACUCUCAGCUGAGGAAACAUGCCCGUCGUGUCAUGAAUGCCAUCAACACAGUUGUGGAGAACCUUCAUGACCCAGAGAAGGUUUCGUCUGUGCUGGGACUAGUGGGAAAAGCACAUGCCCUCAAAUACAAAGUGGAGCCAAUGUACUUCAAAGUAAGAAAGAUAAGAUUUAAGAUCUUAAGCGGGGUUAUUCUGGAAAUACUUGCAGAGGAUUUUGGAGAGUGCUUUACCCCGGAGGUGCAGACAUCCUGGACCAAACUGAUGGCAGCAUUAUACUGGCAUAUCACAGGGGCCUAUACUGAGGUGGGGUGGGUCAAACUCUCCAGCUCAGCGGUCUGAGCAGGUCUGGAGCAUUUGUCCCCACUGCACAUGAACAUUAGUUGUGAACCAUCAGUUUGGCAAGCCAAAGGACUGAAUUAUGAAGAAAAAAAAAAAGAAAUAUAAUCGGAAAGUGAAGCUGAAAUCUAAAAUGUUUAUCAUCAUAGUUUCAUCAUUCUCUUUCACAUUAUUUUAUGCAUAAUAUUUUUAGUAUAUAUCAUUCCAACCUCUAAGAUGUUGUCUGUGAUGUGAGGUGUAAUGGUCUUGUGUCUUUUAGGGCUAGUAUCUUGUGUUUCAAUGUAAAUCAAAAAACAAAUCACAAUUGAACACAACACAAUUCAUUAUAAUAUUGCACCUGAAUCAUAUUACCUACUAAAUCCCAAUUCUAAUGAAUAGCAUAAACCUGCUGUUCAUUUUUCAACUUUAUCAAGAGUGCUUGACUCUUUCUCCAAACUGUAAGCCACACAAAGUCUUGAUUUUGUAGAACAUUUAUAAUUUUUAUUUAACUUAAUCUUAUUGUUUCUCACAUAUUAGAGGUAUAAAUUAAUAAAAAAUCAGUACAAGAAGUGACCCAGUAUUCUUAGAUCUGCACUUUAAUGAUGUAUCAGACCCUAGAGAUCAUAACUGCUAAAUUAACUCCAUCUUCUCAACACAAAACAUUCAUUUCAAAAAUAAAAAAUUCAUUAUUAUUAUUUAUUGCUGAUCAAAGAAAUAGAAUAGAUAAAAAUACAUAUGCAUUCAAAUGCAUUCUCAGACACACUCACAAACGCACAUUCGCACAUUUCAAAUAAUGGUGCAAUAAUACACAAAUAUCUAUACCUGACUCUAGAAUUUAUAUAUUUCCCAAAAUCACACACACACACACACACACACACACACACACACACACUAAAAUAUAAGCUACAGGACCUAAGCAGAGGGAUCACAUAACAUGGAUGUUCUUUGGUACACUUUAUAUUUUUCUAAGUGUUACAGUUUCUGUAUCUAAAUUUAGUAAGGUGUAUCGAGUAUCACGUUUUUAUUUUUGUUUGUUGUUUUUACAUAAUAAUCUUGUCAUACUACUUCAUAAAUACAAAAUAAAUUUAAGAUAUGAGUAUGAAUAUAAUAAAUACUAUCUACAAGCA